AAAGUGCACGAGGAUUUCAAGAUGGCGGCUGACAGGGGCUCGGAACACGAGCAGAGAAGGCAAAGAAAAUCAGAAUCCCAGUCGCAAGGGAGUGUAAACGGCGACGAGAUGGAGGAACCAGACUUUAGUGACCCAGAGGGCUACGUUGAUGACAUUUCAGACGAAGAGUUGCUUGGAGACCUACUGAAGAACAAACCUAAAGAAUCUGAUGGCAUUGACAACAUCAUUGUGGUUGAUAAUGUUCCUCAAGUUGGACCAGACAGGCAGGAGAAACUCAAAAAUGUCAUCAGAAGGAUCUUUGAAAAAUUUGGCAAAAUCAACAGGGAAUACUUUCCAUCUGCUGGUGAAAAAACGAAAGGAUUUGUAUUUUUGGAGUACACAUCACCCCAUCAUGCCAUGGAAGCUGUGAAAAUGGCCAAUGGAUACAAGCUGGACAAGCAACAUACACUACAAGUCAACCUCUUCUCCGACUUUGACAAGUUUGAGAAGAUUCCUGAACAGUGGGAGGCACCAAAGCCCAAAGCUUAUCAUGACGUUGGUAACUUACGUUACUUUCUGCAAGAUCCCGAUUGUUUCGAUCAGUUUAGUGUUAUUUAUGACGGAGGAGAGAGAACAGCUAUAUUUAGAAACACUACCAGGGAACCUGUUCUGGUUGAAGAAAGAGCAAGAUGGACAGAGACAUAUAUUCGCUGGUCACCUCAAGGUACCUAUCUGGCCACAUUUCAUGCUAAGGGUAUAGCCUUGUGGGGAGGGGAGAAGUUUGAACAGAUCAUGAGGUUUAGCCACCCUGGGGUCCAGCUGAUUGACUUCUCCCCAUGUGAACGCUACAUGGUGACCUUCAGUCCAAUUCUGUCCAGUCAGGAGGACCAGCAACAGAUCAUUAUUUGGGACAUUAGGACAGGAAUGAAGAAGAGAGGAUUUCAUUGCGAGACACAGUCCACCUGGCCAAUACUCAAGUGGAAUCAUGAUGGUACAUAUUUUGGGAGGAUUACCCCAGAUACUCUCAGUGUGUAUGAAACACCUUCAAUGGGAUUGCUAGAAAAGAAGAGUUUGAAAAUUACUGGACUUAGGGACUUUACCUGGUCCCCCUCUGACAAUAUAAUCGCCUACUGGGUUCCCGAGCAGCAGAAUGUGCCAGCCAGAGUAACGCUGAUCCAGAUGCCAAGCCGCCAGGAACUCUGUAUCAAAAACCUUUUUAAUGUUGCCGACUGUAAAAUGCAUUGGCAGAAGAAUGGAGACUACCUGUGUGUCAAGGUCGACCGUUACUCCAAGGCCAAGAAGAUUGAAGAGAAAGACCAGUUCAAGUACAGUGGAUUGUAUUACAAUUUUGAGCUGUUUAGAAUUCGAGAAAAACAGAUUCCAGUAGAUAAAGUGGAAGUCAAAGAAAAUGUGAUUGCAUUUGCUUGGGAACCUAUUGGAAGUCGUUUUGCAUUUAUACAUGGUGAAUCUCCUAGGAUUUCUGUUUCCUUCUACCAGAUAAGGCCAGGAAAAGUAGAAAUAAUCAAAACUCUGGAAAGAAGGCAAGCAAACCACUUGUUCUGGAGUCCAACGGGUCAAUUUAUUGUUCUAGCAGGAUUGCGCAAUAUGAAUGGCGUAUUGGAGUUUGUGGAUGCAUCUGAUGUAACUGUGAUGGCUCAGACAGAGCAUUUUAUGGCGACUGAUGUGGAGUGGGAUCCAACUGGGAGAUAUGUGGUGUCUGCCGUCAGCUGGUGGGGACACAAAGUGGACAAUGCCUACUGGAUCUGGUCUUUCCAAGGGCGUCUUCUGCAGAAGAUCCAGCUAGAGAGGUUCUGUCAGUUACUCUGGCGACCACGCCCUCCCAGCCUGCUGUCUGUCGAACAGAUCCGAGCCAUUAAAAAGAAUAUGAAGAAAUACACCGAGCAGUUUGAAGUCAUGGACAGGCUAAGGCAGUCCAAUGUUUCUACUGAAAUUCUUGAGAAGAGAAGUGAAUUGAUGAACGAAUAUAAACAUUUCCGAGAGCAAGCAGUGGCGGAAUGGGAGAGGAUGAAAUACAGGAGACUGGAGCUUAGAGGAGGGGUGGACACAGACACGCUGGAGGAUGAGGAGAAUGACGAGGAAAUCGUUGAGUUCUUACUGAAAGUUGAAGAAAUCGUGGUGGAGGAGUAAAAACCAAUCAGAUUGUCGAUCUUUUACCACUGUCAGCCAAUCAGAAGUCAUCUUGAGAAUUUGGAUAGCGCCAUAUUAUUAUCUGAUUUAUAUAUAAUUGUCAAGAAACUGACACUGAUAGUAAGAAUUAUCACUCGCUGUUUGUUAUGAUGGCGAGUUUUAUGUGUAUAUAUUUUUAUGAUCACCAAGUGCUGCCUGUAUACAUGCUUUGUUUAUUAUGUUUAGUAGUUUUUGUUCCGCUAUCUAUUUUAUUUGGACACUUUUCUGGGUAUUUUCCUAUUCCUUAUCGGUUACGUUUAGACUCUGUAGUAUUUAUUCCAAUUUAUGCUGGUUUUGUACAUCAUACUUUGAUCUGUCCAGUGUUUAUCUCAAUAAAGCAUGGCUUACAUUUGAA